ACCCGGCGACUAAGAUCAACAUAAUCUCCGUUGGGAGUGAGGUCAUCCACUGGGGCACGACGGAGAUGAAGAAAGGACUUGUCCCAGCCAUGAGAAGAUUGUACCUCGCUCUGAUUUAUACAGGGAUAAAAGAUAUUAAGGUUUCAAGCGCGCAUUCACUCGGGAUUAUGAAUGCAUCAAGCAGUGACCUGUCGCCGAGCCAGGCCCAGUUCAGAAACGAAUGGGACGUCACCGGAAUCCUCUCGCCGAUGCUUAACUUCCUCAACCAAACGAAAGGUCCUUUUCUGGUAAACCCAUACCCGUAUUUCGGGUACAACCGGCAAAGUGCGGAUCUCGCGCUCUUCCGGCCGAACAAAGGCGUCUUCGACCGGCACACGAACAAGACCUACUACAACAUGUUCGACAUGCUUCUGGACUCUGUAUUCGCGGCGAUGUGUCGGCUGGGGUACCCGGACGUCGAGAUUGUCGCGGCGGAGACAGGGUGGCCGUCGGCCGGAGAAGAGUUCGAGCCGCAAUGUACGGUGGCGAAUGCGCGGUCGUAUAACGCCGGGCUGAUGAGGAGGAACAGGAACGGAAUCGGAACGCCGUUGAUGCCGCGGUCGAGGACCGAGACUUAUAUAUUCGCUCUGUUUAAUGAGAAUCUGAAAACAGGGUCAAAGGCGGAGCGGAACUUCGGGCUUUUCCGGCCGGAUUUCAGCCCGGUUUAUAGUAUCGGGAUCAUGAAGGGAGAAACGGAUCCAUCUUUGACCCCGGCGCAUCCGCAGCCAUGGAGACGUAGCAAAUUCUGUGUGCCCAAACGCAGUGCAAAUAUUGAGCAGCUAAUAGAGAACAUAAACUACGCGUGCGCUCACGUGGACUGCAGACCCAUCCAACCCGGCGGCGCGUGCUUCCGCCCGACCACCGCCCGGGCUCAUGCCGCUUACGCCAUGAACACCUUCUACCAGACUAAAGGCCGUAAACCUUUCCAAUGCAACUUCACCAACACCGCCAGAUUCACUCAUACGAAUCCAAGUAAUUCAUUCAAUUCCUCUUUAUUUAUUAUUCCCACUCGAUCUGGUA